UUAGAGUGUUGGCUAAAUAGAAUUCUUCCGGUUCCAUUCCAUUCGAUUAUACAGUCAGUGACUCCGUCACCUACACAUCAUCAUCAUAAACACUUGAUUGAAACCCAAGUCUCUCUCUCUCUCUAGACCUAGAGCAGCAGCAGCAGAACAAGAACAACAAGAAGAAGAAUUUGGGGCAUCAUCACGAUACUUGUUCAAACUACAAUCUUAGAAGGUUGGGUAGAGAAAGAGAAUGUGGGGGGAUGUUGAAAUCAAUAAAGAAACUGUAUUCCCUUUACUGGAAGCCGUUAUCUGUUAAUCCCCACUCAUCUUCAUCAUCAUCUGAUGAUGGGUUCAGUAACAGCGGUGGUGAUGGUGGUAAGAGAGAUCGGGAUGAUAAGUCUUUGUGGUAUAAAGAUUUAGGUAAAUGCUCAUCUGGUGACUUAUCAAUGGCUGUUGUUCAAGCUAAUCAAGUUCUUGAAGAUCAAUCUCAGAUUGAAUCUUUUGGUGGGGAUACUACUUUUGUUGGUGUUUAUGAUGGCCAUGGCGGUCCUGAUACUACUUUUGUUGUUGGUGAUAAUCUAUAUCGACAUUUCCGCGAGAUUUCAGAGGAAGCUCGUGGUGUGACAUCUGAGACUAUUCGGAGAGCUUUUCUUGAAACGGAACAAGGGUAUACUGCUAUUGUUGACCAGCUAUGGGAUACUCGGCCGAAUUUAGCAACAGUUGGAUCAUGCUGUCUGCUUGGAGUUGUAAUUCAACAGACCCUUUAUGUGGCAAAUCUCGGUGAUUCUCGAGUUGUAUUAGGUAGAAAGGUUGGUAAUACUGCAGGAGUUGCUGCCAUUCAAUUAUCAAGCGAACACAAUGCUAACAUGGAGGAAGUGAGACAAGAACUUAGAGAAUUACACCCAGAUGACCCUCAACUAGUUGUUGAAAAACAUGGAGUUUGGCGAGUAAAAGGCAUUAUUCAGGUCUCGAGAUCUAUUGGUGAUUUAUAUUUGAAGGAUAACAAGUAUAACACUGAGCAAUUCCUUGGAAAGUUCAGACUGCCUAAACAUAUGCAGAAACCUGUCUUGAGUGCGGACCCAGCUGUUAUGUCUCUUCCUCUUCAACCGAACAAUUUGUUCCUUAUAUUUGCUUCUGAUGGCCUUUGGGAACACUUGAGCAACGAGCAAGCUGUGGAAAUCGUUCACAGGAACCCACGAGCAGGAAGUGCUAGAAUACUUCUAAAAGCAGCGCUCCAGGAAGCGGCUAGAAAAAAAGAAAUGCGUUAUGAAGAUCUCCGCAGGAUUGACAAGAAGUUUUGGACAGGGAUUCACAGAGCCAGCAACUGUAUACAGGUUUCGUCAGGGAGUCAGAAAGCCAGAGUGCAGGACAAAAAAGAUAUCUGCUGGAUUGACGAGAAGGAUAUGCGCGAGUACCAUGAUGAUAUCUGCAGGACAAAGCAGAUAUCCACAGGAGUUGCUGCCAUUCAAUUGUCAAGUGAACGAAAUGCGAACAUGGAGGAACUGAGACGAGAACUUACAGAAUUACAGCCAGAUAACACUCAAGUAGUUGGUCAAAAACACAGAGUUUGGCGAGUAAAAAGCAUUAUUCAGAUCCUGAGACUUAUAGGUGAUUUAUAUGUGAAGGAUGCCAAGUAUCACACUCGGCAAAUCCGUAGAAAUUUCAGACAAUCUGUCGUCGUGCUUUUCCUACUUCUCUUAUUACUACCUACGACUGUCUCGUUGAGAUCUAAGAUACCAGUGCAAGAUUCUUGCGUAAGCUAUUUGACUAGCACGGGUAAUCAAUGUUUGCCCUUUCUUAUCUCGGUAAUACCCAACAGACAGCAGAUUUAUUGGAGCCAUCCUCCACUUAGGUGCUGCAAAAUUCUUAGGGCUAUGCAGAUUAAACGGUCAACCGUUUGCCUCUGUUAUCUGGUUCAAGACAGAUUUUUGCUGGGUGGACUUGAGGUGAACCUCACACGCUUGUUUUCCUUCGACAAACGUUGCACCUUCAGGAAAUCAGUGAGUGGAGCUUCACUUCAGGCCUUAUGCAGAAGGUUAUCUCCAGGACUGCGCAAUUUAACGACCAUUCAAGUGAAGGUCCCACCACCACCACUUUCUGUCGAGGGUCCACCACCCCCACCGCCGCCACCACUAAAUUCGAAAGAAGAUAUAUUAGGGGAAAUCCUGCCUUAUGCAGUUGGAUCGUUGUUGAUUCUGUACCUUUGUACCUACAGUUGCCGCAGAUAUUGGAGGUCGACCAUUGCGAUUCCGGAUUUGAACCUUGACGAGGUAUAGAAUCAGGCAUUCUGCACCAAAUCUCUCCUGUACAUUUUUCUUCUAAUUCUAGAGUAUGUAAUCUGAAAACCGGAGUUUAGCCGGUUUUUCUGCACAGUGCCAAAACUGGUUUGAUCAAACAAGGAAAUAGUAAUCUUCUAUUUUAGGAGCUAUUAUUAUGUACAAAUUUCAUAUGUUCGUAAGAUUACUAGUAAUCUGCACAGUGCCAAAACGGUUUUUCUGCACA